UGAUGGCGAAGCGCGGUUCGGUUUUAAGCAAGUUCCAAAAUUUCGACGCAUACGCCAAGACUCUUGACGACUUUCGUAUCAAGACUUAUUAUGGUGCAGCAUUGACCAUUAUAAGUACCCUUAUAAUCCUUGUCUUACUUUGGUCGGAAUUUAAUGAAUACAGGUCGACUGAAAUUAAACCAGAAUUGGUGGUUGAUAAGAUGUCAAUUGAUUUGAAUUUGACCGAUUAUCGACCAAUUAUUCGUUUGUCUCUGAUUAAACCGGUUUACUCCCCCUCAGUUUUGAGCGUUGAUGUAAUGGAUAUUGCCGGAGAGUCCCAAAACGAUUUGACACACGACAUAUACAAAACUCGGUUAGAUAGUGAAGGGAAUAAAGUAUACGUCGAAAAGGCAAAGGAUAUUGGAAGUAAUAAUGCAAGGGCAGUGGAGAAUGUGGUUAACGGCACAUCCACGAACGAGGCAUAUUGUGGAAGUUGUUACGGAGGAGAGGCAUCUGAAAGUGGAUGCUGUAAUACAUGUGAAGAAGUUCGAGAAGCGUAUAUACGUAAGGGAUGGUCUUUCAGUAAUCCUGACGAAAUUGAGCAGUGCAUCAGAGAAGGCUGGAAGAAGAAGGCGAUCGAACAGGCCACAGAAGGUUGCAAUGUUGCCGGAAGU